CCGUCUUUAGAGGAAGAUGAAGACGUAAUCGUGUCGUCAUUACGCAAGGGGUGGCGACGUGGAAAACAUGGAGGGAAGCAGUGAACGAAAAACCUCGCCUCUUUUCGAGCUUGGCAUCCGAAAGAGCUAAGGAAACUGCGAAAAACAUCUUUGACAGGAUUUGGCAUAUGCCCGGUGACAAAACAGUGAAGUGUGGUGAGUCUGGCUGAGCAGAGCUAGUAGAGAUGGGAGCAAACACCAGCCAGAUCAGUGACCUGCCCAAUAACCCCAGCCUGAAGGCUCUGGUGGGGACCGAGUCCAUAUCAGAGAAUGACCCUUUCUGGAACCAGCUCAUCUCUUUCACCUUCAUCAGCCCCACAAGCAGUGGAGAGACUAAGUUGCUGGAAGUGGCUGUCAUCCCCCUUGCUAAGAACCUCAUUGAAAACAAUCCAAGGACAGGAAACUUUGGUGCUCUUGUGAAAAUUUUCCUGGGAAGAACCAAAGAGCUGAAAAUCUCUACAGAAUGCCAAGAUCAGCUGUUUAUCUGGCAGGCCCACAACGCACUGUUCAUGAUUCGCUGCCUGCUCAAGGUGUUCAUCAGGGAGAUGAGUGAAGAGGAGUUGCACCUACAGUUCUCCUACCACGAGAGGGCACCAGGCUCCUGUGGAGGGAGCGAAGACCUUCUCGAGGAGCUGUUAUCCAACCUUGUUCACCUGAUCAUUGAAGUGCCCCUGCUCGACAUCACCUAUAGCAUCCUGUUUGAAGCGGUCACAACACUGCUGGUAUUCUUCUCCUAUCAGCUCUUCCGCAAAGACAUCCUCCGAGAUGGAAUAAUCUACCAGCACAUUAUGAAGGGGAGAAGUAUGUCUUUAACCAGUCGACUGGUGAAGACCCUGCUCUAUAACUUCAUCAGGCAGGAAAAGUGUCCACCUCCAGCAACCCACAUCUUUGAGCCAAAAUCUGAGGGUGGCCUGCUUUAUGGCUUUGCAUCAGGGGUGGCAAGUGGUCUCUGGAGUGUCUUCACAUUGGGUGGAGCUGGCAGCAAAGCCGGGAUAGAUCAGGAACACAACCCCUUACCUUUGUCUAAUCAGAGCCUUCUGUUACUGCUGGUGCUGGCCAAUCUGACAGAUGGGCCUGACUGGCCCAACCCAUACCGCCAGGCUAUUACUUGUUUCAGAAACACACAAGACACAUCAUCAUUGCCUGUGGAGCAGCCUCAUACCUUUCAGAUCAAUUUCAAUAGUCUGUACACAGCGCUGUGUGAGCAGCAGUGCUCUGACCAGGCCACACUACUAUUGUAUACCCUGCUUCACCAGAACACCAACAUGAGGACAUACAUGCUCUCCAGAACUGAUAUGGACAAUCUGGUGAUGCCCAUCCUCGAGAUCCUUUACCACGUGGAGGAAAGAAAUUCUCACCAUGUCUACAUGGCCCUCAUCAUUCUCCUUAUCCUUACAGAGGAUGAUGCCUUCAAUCGCUCCAUUCACGAGGUGAUAUUGAAGAACGUCUCAUGGUACACAGAGAGGUCAUUGACAGAGAUCUCACUUGGCAGUUUGCUCAUCCUUGUAGUCAUCCGCACCAUUCAGUUCAACAUGACCCGGACAAGGGAUAAAUACCUCCACACCAACUGUCUGGCUGCACUUGCCAACAUGUCAGCCCAGUUUCGAUGUCUUCACCAGUAUGCUGCCCAGCGCAUCAUCAGUUUAUUUGCUUUGCUUUCCAAAAAGCACAACAAGGUUUUGGAGCAGGCAACACAGAGUCUGAGGGGCAGACAGGGAGAAGACACAGUUUUACCUGACUACGCCCAGGACCUGAAUGUGAUUGAGGAGGUGAUCCGCAUGAUGCUGGAAAUCAUCAACUCUUGCCUGUGUAACUCUCUACACCACAACCCCAACCUGGUGUAUGCGCUGCUCUACAAGAGGGAGCUCUUUGAGCAGUUCAGGAUGCACCCGUCUUUCCAGGACAUCAUGCAGAACCUGGACACGGUGAUCGGCUUCUUCAGUCAGCGCCUGGAGCAGGCUGGAAGUGACCUGUCAGUUGAGAGGGUUCAGGAGGUCAUCAUGAAAGGAGCCCAGGCCCUGCCCAAGGACAGACUGAAGAAGUUUCCGGAGCUCAAGUUUAAAUAUGUGGAAGAAGACCAGCCGGAGGAUUUCUUCAUCCCCUAUGUCUGGUCCCUGGUCUUCAGCUCUGGGGUUGGCCUCCACUGGAGCCCGCAUGGCAUCGAGCUCUUCAGCAUGGACUCGGGCUGAAACAUCUGCUGCAGCAGACUGCGUGUCUAUAUCCCCAUCCCCAGUAUAGAAAAUGAGACUGAUGGUGUGUGUGCGUGUUUGGGUGGGCGUGUGCGCAUUACCCUUUAUAGUAUGUGCACGCUGCUUUGAAAGUGCCUCAACCUUGUGCAGAGUUUUUUCUUUCUUCUUGUUAUGCAGCAACCUCUUUUUUUUUGUUCUUCAUAUCAUAAUCCUCUGCUUCUACACUGUGAAGCUUCAUCUGUACAGGUUAACAGUUCACACAGUAGCACCCACUCAUGUACCGUCGGUACAUAGUGUAGUGAAUACCUAUUUAACAUUUGAGUAGCUUCAGCCGGUUCCGCAGCACGCGCCGAGUUACAUCUCUAGUGUCAAACCUUCUGCUGUUGAGAGGAGCUCAGGAUACAGGCGGUAGAUAAUCCCACGUUUUUUCUUGUGUACGAAGAAAAGGUCAAUUAAAACAUAUGCAGCGUUACACUGCUCUGGUGAACAUUCAUUUACCACUGCACUGAAUACUAAGAAAUAAUACCAACUUCAUAUUCAAGACCGGCCAUGUGUCUGGGGAGACUCGGCACAUGUUUAAAUAUCCUCUAUAAUUCUGAGUUUUAAGUAUGAUUGUCUUGCAAGUUUGUGUUUUAUUUUUGACCUCUAGCAGUUCACUGUAUACAGUGGGUUUGUAUAAAAUAUUUGUGUUUGUGAACUUCUAAACAGGUCAGCAAAACAGAUCUGCCACAGAAAGUUUUGUUUGUAAUGUUGCAGGGUUUUCAGAUUUGAGCCUGUAACUGUUGCUCAGUGGCCGUCUCCAAUAACCCACAUUUAUUUACAGCUUAAUACCAAAUUUCCCUCCCUAGACAAUAUUAGCAGGCCACAUCUCUCUGAUUCAUGUGAUUUCAUUUUUGCUUCCUGCCCAUUUGCCCUGUCUUUGUCAUUUCCAUUUUUUCUUGAUGGUACCUAAGGCAAGUACUUAAACUAGGACAAGUCAUUGAACUUCCUGUUUUAUUGUGCAUAAUUACAGUUGUCUCUUCAAUUUGUCACGUUCUUUGCAUGUUAACUAGCGUGUUAAAUUAUUUAUUUUGAUGUAUAUUGUUUUAUAUAUAUAUAUUCAUACCCCCCACCAAAAUAUAAACUGUAGUAGCAUUGAAAUGGCUACUGCUAAUGAAAAAAGCUGGUACUUUAGUGCUUCCCAGGUGGGAAACUGGCUUUAUAUUAUUACAUAUGAUAUGACAAUAGCUGUCAUUUUGCGGCAAAUAAAUAAAAUUAAAAAUAGGAGUUUAAAUAAAAAUAUUAAAUCAAAGUAAGUGUCAUGUUUAUUAAGCAAAAUGAAACGCUGUAACCUUCAGGAAAGAACACAGAGGAAAGUGUAGCGGCUACAGAGGCCUGACACCGCUUCAGGGAGAAAAGUUUAUGGCACCCACUGUGUCGCUGGAACACCAAGAGGGUUUCAUGCCUCGUCUCUAUUGAUUUACAUGCCUGAAAUGAUCUUCUAUUCAAGAACAUUAUAAUUGAUGUAAAGAAUGGCCUGUUUUCAACAUGGGAUUGUUGCUACAGUAGAUUACAGUGAGGCUGCACACUUGAGGACACUGAGGUGCUCUGUCUCUCUGCACCGACUCUCACCUGCUUCCAGCUCGAUUAUCGCAGUGCCAGAUGGCUGAGUGGUUUUCACAAAGUGACAUGGCCUCCUUGUUCCUUCAUGGUGCAGGGGUCACCUUACCAUGGGCUCCUAUUUCAGGUGACAGCAGGAAGAUGGAUGGAGCAGGGGAUUUUGGGAUGGGUAGUUUAUUUAUUUAUUUUAGAGGCUGGUGCAUUUUCCUCAAGGUCUAGGUGAGAAUGUAUUACAUCAUGGCUCCAGAGACAGAGGACAUAUCAGCAUCUAGGGCGCUGGAGACCAGUUUGCUGAAGUGGUUCUGUACUCAUGCUUGUUGCCCCUAGUGAUACCAGUGGAAAGUUGUCAGGCUCACCGGUGUUGGGAUGAGGCCAUAGCAAGAGCGUGAGAACAACACAGAGUUAACAGACAGUUUCACUUGCUGGUAAUCCUUCCUUCAAAUCUGCAGUGGAAUGGGAAGUGUUUGUAUCUCUGUGAAAUUUCUUUUGUUUUUGCCCACUUAAAGAUAUAUUAUGAUCUCGAUGUCCGCAAGAUACCAGCUAAGUUCAGUAGUCAGGGAUCACAGGAAGUGAACAACUCAGCUUGUUUUAGGAAAUACUUUGUACUUACUGUAGAUUCUUUAGGUCACCAGUCACUGACAUUAAGACGUGACUUGACAUCACAAGAUAUAAAUUGUAUAAGACAAAAACUGAGGUUAAAAAAUGUAAGUGGUGGGUUUUUUAUAGGUUUGUUAGUGCUAUGAUGGAAAUGUUGGUUUGCUGGUCUGGCACGCCACCACUUUGCUAUCACUAUUUGGCCUUGGCACUCUUGUAUGUAGAACAUUUACAUGUAUACAGAUCUAUAAAGAGAACUGGGUCGCUGAGGCCUCCAGCUACUUUAAUAAGAUGCCACAAAUUGAAUCCCUGAACAAAACCUGACGGAGGCCAUGUGAAUGUAAAGUGACCUUCUCCAUAGAAUGUCUUCCAAUGGGUAAAAACUGUGAAACUUUUAUCAAACAUCUUUUCGACAUGAAGCCCACAGUGAAAAGAUGAAAAGCAUAAGAGAAAACUCGACACACGCAACAUGAUGGCCCUGUAAAGAGAGGGAGGCGUGAAUUUAAAUCUUCUUAGGUGUUGGUGUAUUCAACCAGUCACUUCACUGCACUUUAUAAUUGUCUGUGACGGUUGGCUACAUAUUAAUUUUCAACAAGUAUGUAAAUGUAUGAUGGCGGUAUGUAGGGGGAGGGUUACCACCUCAGGGCACAAACCUUUGCAUUUCUUUGUCUGAUUUCACACACACCUGGUAUCCAUUUUGAAACAUGUUUUUAUCAUACACUUUCUGUAUUGUGUAACAAAGGAGAAAACGGAGACUAUGUGUUUUGCUGUCAGUGCGUAAAUAACACCUUGAAACAGGAGCAGACAUUUUUAUUUGCAUCCUGCACCUGCUUUCUGAUUGUGCUUUGUAAUUUGAACCAGCUAAUCUGACAAGUAACUGAAAUGAGCCUUUAGCAAAACCGUACGAUCUCAAAAUCACCUAGCACUUGUCAUUUGAUCUGUUUAGAAAUGUGAGCAUUUUAUUUACCUGCAGGUUUAGAUAUUUCACUUUUCUACUGCAUUUUAAAGCUGAAACAAUUCUCUCUUAGCCAACAGU